GAGACAUCGUUUUCUUCUCAUCGAAGGGUUUGCAGUUUGUUUUGGGUUAGUUCUGAACCGAAAUAAGCUUCUUCUGGGUUUCCUCUGACUCGAUAGCGAAGGCGUUGAAGACGAAGACGUAAUCGAGAAGUGGACCUUUGAUCUAACUCAAGAGAGUCACGAGAUUAGGAGAGCAACGAGUUUUGGCCAUUUAGAGAAAAGUACCAUGGAUGAUGAUGUACAAUCCAAAGCUCUAGAGGAGAAGCUAAAGAGCCAUCUUCGUCUUCUUGAGCUUGAGCAUGCAGUCUUUGAGAGAAUGGUUUACAAGAACAAGAACCAGCAUCGUAGAUGCUCCUAUUUUCAGUACCUUCUCAAGGUGAGAAGGGAUUUGAGGCUUUUGAGAACAGCAAACAUGGAGGAGAUUCUUAGACCUUGCUUUCAUGUUCUUUCUGGGACAGGAACUAAACAGAAACUCCAUGUUUUGGAGAGCUUGAAGCUGAAGAAGCCUGAUAAUGGGAAACCAAACAUCUUGGACCGACUUCGUGGAGCUCUUCAUCUACUCUCACAGAUGACUGAACCCAUCUUGAAGGCAGCUAGUGGUAUAUCCGUUCUGCUAGCUUGUUCAUUUUUCAUAGGAUCUUCCAUGACAUUUUUGGCAUUGCUUGCACGUCUCCGGGUGUUGAUUCAACAAAUAUUACUUGAUGCUGUUUCAGUUUUCAAUUCGGUAACCUCUACAUCCUUGAAGAAACAGUCUGUAAAGAUAGCUAAGGAUGGGGUUGAGGUGUUCCGCGAGUUCUAUCCAAAAGAUGAAGAGUGCUUCACCUUGUUGGACUGUGUAUGGAAGACUGAUAAAUACGUCUUACUUGAGACGUUACAGAACCGUGAGAGUAGUAAACCUAUAGAUGAAACUGUUUCAGAAGAUGCUACUACUAGGGCUUCGUUGGUACAACCUGUACAGUAUCAAACAUCUGUUUAUUCUGUCGGAGAUCUCUCUCAUUUGCCUGAAGCUGACAAAGGUGGUAUUACUGUGACAGAAAGUUCGACUCCCAUUGCCGAAACAGCUUCUUCCAAGACUAACAAUGUGUUUAAACCAGAAGUUUCAGAAAACACAGGAGAAGCUACAACCGGGGCUUGUUUAAUUCAGUAUCAGACAUCUGUUUCUCCUCUCGGCGAAGAUCUCUCUCCUUUGUCUGAAGCUGAUAACGGUGGUGUUACUGUGACGGAAAGUUUGACUACCAUUAUCCAAACAAUUUCUUCCAAGACGAACAAUGCGUUACAACCAGAAGUUUUAGAAAAUCCAGAAGAUCCUGUUACAACCAGGGAUUGUUCAGUUCAGUAUCAAACAUUUGUGUCUCCUCUUGGCGAACAUAUGUCUCCUUCUCUGCCUGAAGCAGACAACGACAGUGGCGUUACUGUUACAGAGAGCCCAAUUCCCAUUGCAGAGAUAGAACCAGAUGAUUUACAAAAACAUGAAUCUAUAAGGCCACUGAGUCCGGCAAAGAUCAGCACAAACACAACCAAACCAAGUUGCAGAGCAACCAAGGUGGCUUUCCUACCUGUGAAAAGACCUCUCGCUGCAAUAACACCAAACCCCCUAGAAGAACCUCCAAGGAAGAAACAAGAAACAGGCGAAAAAGACAAAAAGGAAGAAGAAGAUGGAUUUUAUAACCUACUCAUCCGCGGAACCCAUAAGGACAGUUUAUUCUAG